UCAAAUGUAUAUUAUUUAUCUCCGCAUGUUUUAAUGGAAAAUUCUGUUCUUGAGGUCGCUCUCACUGGUCUUUGGAUUUGGGAGGGACGCCAGUUACCGCGUGUGUUUAGGAGCUUUCGAGGAGAGAGAGAAGCUUCUUCGGACUUUCAAAAAACUGCUGAUUCUAGAGAGAGAAAGGUAAAGAUUCUUGCAGAAACUCCGUUCAGUGAUCUGGGUUGAUGUGUUUUUGCUCCCGACGCGAUUGGUGAUCUGGGUUCUGAUCUCAAGGUUAUUAUUGAUCUGGGUUUUGCUCUGGAAAGGGUUUUGUGAUUGCAGGUGGAGUGUUCGAUGAAUUGUGUGUUUGUUUGGUGAAGUUUGGUGAUGUAUGGGCUACUUGGUUUUGCGUCAAGACUGUAAUUAAUUAUUGAGCACUGCUCUAGGGAAUGAGCCAAGUUAAUCACUUGGUUAAAAGCUUGAAAUUUUUCUUUGUUGCUCUAUGGCAGUUGAUUAAUGAGUCUGGAUGGCGAUUUAUUUUUACAUUUUGAGUGGGGUGUUCGACAAAACAAGGUGUUUGGGUAGUGACUUGUGGUAGUUGGGAAAUUAGCUGGGUGAUUGUUUAGACAUUUCGAUUUGCUUAAAAAUUGAAAUGGGUUAGUGUGAUGAAUGCUUGGAGAUUUUUGUGAUAUUAUAUUGCAAUUGAUUUUUAUUUGGUACACAUUCUUACAUAUUAGAUGGCGAGUACUUCACCAUCUCCAAAUUCUCCACCCACUGCUGCCUCACCACCGGCGUCCACCCCUCCGCCACCUCAGCCUUCCUCUCCUCCACCAGCCCCUCCUACAACAACUCCAUCUUCUCAACCCAAUGCAAAUCCACCAAGCCCUGCAACUCCUAAUCAAUCCCCACCACCUCAAUCUCCUCCUACCACUAAAGUGACGUCUCCUCCUCCAGCAUCAUUAUCGCCUCCGCCACCACAACCCUCUGUGGCUUCACCACCACCACAACCCUCUGUGGCUUCACCACAACCACUACCUACUAAUGGGAGUUCAUCUCCAUUGGUGACACCUCCACCUCCUCAGCCCAUUUCACCUUCUCCACCUCCUCCAGCCAAUGUUUCACCUCCACCCUCAAAUUCUUCGCCACCACCAUCAUUAAAUCCACCACCCAGUUCACCUCCUCCUCCAUCAUCUAAUCCACCAGUUAGUUCGCCCCCACCUCCAUCAGUUAACCCACCAACUAGUUCACCUCCACCACCAUCAUCUAAUCCGCCAGUAAGUUCACCUCCGCCAACACCACCACCUAAUCCACCAAGAAGUUCCCCUCCACCGCCAUCACCCCCACAGAAUUCACCGCCUCCACCCCAAUCAAAAUCACCAGUGGGUUCACCUCCACCUUUGUCAUCACAGCCUCCUCAAAAUUCUCCACCCCCACCAUCAGUAAAGCCACCAGAAAGUUCACCCCCACCACCUGCAUCUAUACCACCCCAAAAUUCACCCCCACCACCGGCAUCUAAAACACCCCAAAAUUCACCUCCACCACCAGCAUCAAACCCACCCCAAAAUUCACCCCCACCACCAGCAUCUAAACCACCCCAAAAUUCACCUCCACCACCGGCAUCAAACCCACCCCAAAAUUCACCACCACCACCGGCAUCAAACCCACCCCAAAGUUCACUUCCUCCACCAGCAUCAGUGCCACCCAGUACAUCACCCCCACCUCCUCCUCCAUCUGGUUCCCCACCUUCAAAUUCUACUCCAAAAUCACCACCACCACCAAUAAUCCGUCUAUCACCUCCUCCUGCCCGAGUUCUGUCUCCACCCUCCCCUUCUCCCCCUUCUCAAGUUUCAGUUCCACCUGCAGGUAAUCCAAAUACUACCAAUUCUAGUGACAAUGCAAACUCCACAGGUAAUGGGGGCCUUGGUACAGGAGGUACAGUGGCUAUUGGUUUGGUACUAGGUUUCCUACUACUUAGUGUCAUUGGAACUGCUGCCUGGUGCAUAAGGAGGCGAAAGAAAAAAAUUUCUAGACUCAAUGCCAGGCAUGUUAUGCCAACCUCAAUGGGAUCUUCCCCAAAAUCAGAUUCUACUUUACUAAAGGCACAGGCAUCAACACCCCAAUUUAGAAGUGCUUCUGGCAGUGAUUUUGUACCUUCACAAUCAGAGCCAGGUGGAUUAGGAAAUUCAAGAUCAUGGUUUACUUAUGAAGAACUAGUUGAGGCCACAAAUGGGUUUUCGGAGCAGAAUCUAUUGGGCUCAGGUGGAUUUGGUUUUGUGUACAAAGGAUACCUAGCUGAUGGAAGAGAGGUAGCAGUAAAGCAGCUAACGAUUGGUGGAGGACAAGGGGAGCGAGAAUUUAAAGCUGAAGUUGACAUUAUUAGUCGCAUACAUCAUCGUUAUUUGGUUUCACUAGUGGGUUACUGCAUCUCUGAGAACAGAAGGCUGCUUGUCUACGACUAUCUCCCUAACAAUACCCUUUACUUCCAUCUUCACGGAGCAGCUAGACCGGUCUUGGAUUGGGUGACACGUGUGAAGAUCGCUGCUGGUGCAGCUCGUGGAAUUGCUUAUCUCCAUGAAGACUGUCAUCCUCGGAUUAUUCACAGGGAUAUUAAGUCGUCAAAUAUUCUUUUAGAUAACAACUUUGAAGCCCGGGUUUCUGAUUUUGGACUCGCUAAAUUAGCUCUUGAUGCAGAUACACAUGUAACCACACGUGUUAUGGGUACCUUUGGCUAUAUGGCUCCUGAAUAUGCAUCAAGUGGCAAAUUGACGGACAAAUCUGAUGUAUUCUCAUUUGGGGUUGUUCUUUUGGAGCUAAUUACUGGACGCAAGCCUGUGGAUUCAUCUCAACCUUUGGGAGAGGAGAGUCUGGUUGAAUGGGCUCGACCUUUGCUUAAUCAUGCUAUUGACACCGAGGAAUUUGAAGGCUUGGCGGAUCCAAGCCUUGAAAAGAAUUAUGUUGAUAGUGAAAUGUUUCGUAUGAUUGAGGCUGCUGCAGCUUGUGUGCGACACUCAGCUACGAAGAGACCACGAAUGGGACAGGUUGUGAGGGCUCUCGACAGUAUGGUUGCCGCAGAUCUAAACAAUGGAAUGCGAGUAGGUGAAAGUGAAAUAUUUAACAGUGCAGAACAAUCCGCAGAAAUUAGAUUGUUUCGGAGGAUGGCAUUUGGUAGUCAAGAUUACAGUACAGAUUUUUUUAGUCAAAGUAGCGGUAGUAAUCCAGCAGAUAGUAGACAAGUGCAGUUCAGAUCAGGAACUUUGUGAAGACGGAGUUGAAUUGCUGUUGAUGUAAAUGCAAAGGUGAUACAGCUGAGAGGUAUUUAUUUGUCUCGGUCUCAAACUCGACUGUGUCAGAUAUAGACUGACAUCAAACUCUUGAUUAAAUUUUGUAAGUAGCUUUAUUUUGCAGCUUUCACAAAUAAGAUAUGAUUUUAUUAUAUAUAUUACAGAAAAUUGUUUUCCCCACUGUAAUUAAACAAGGGGAGUUUUUGUUGUUCAUCAAUAUAUUUGUUAUUUGUUGACAAAGCCUCUAUUCAAGGUUGUUCUUCCUUUUCAAA